AUGACACCAUAUCGAACAGUGGUAAGCAGAGUUCGUCUGGUGGUUGGACUAUUCAAGCAACAAGGGACCCAUCACAAACGCUACUUAUCCAACACAGGCUCCCCAUUUCAAGAUGACUUGACCGAUUUUGAUAUGGAUGAAUUUGGUCUCGGUGAUUUUCGACACUACAAGGAGUCCCCCGAAGUUGCAGAAUACAAGAGGAACCAAAUAAAGAGCGUAUUGCAAGACGAAGAAGUGCUGAAGCGGCAAAGUGAUAGCAGCUCACAGCUUGAGCCACUUGAAUCUGUUGCCACAACGAAUGUACCGGCAAUUUUCAUAUCGAAACUCACUGAUCCAUACUUGAAUUUGGCAAUUGAAGACUACGUAUACAACAAAAUACCCAUUUCCAAGUCUUUUCCGUUCAAAGCACAUAGGCUCAUGUUUUAUACAAACUCGCCGUGUGUCGUGAUUGGCAAAAACCAAAACCCAUGGAAGGAAGUGAAUUUGCCAACAAUGAACAGCCAAUUUGGUAUUCCAUUGAUUAGGAGAAGGUCAGGUGGGGGUACCGUUGUACAUGAUUUAGGUAAUGUCAAUUACUCAUUUAUGACCACAAAGCAAGAGUUUGAUAGGUUCAAAUUUGUCCAAUUGAUUGUAGAUGUGAUCAACGGUGCCAAAAUUUCAUCAACAAAAAUCAAAGUGAAUCAUCGUGGUGAUAUAGUAACCACUCAAGAUAAAGAUGGCGACAGUGGUGGUGCUACUUCUGGUGCUGCUUCUACUGCGCAAGAGUUGAAAAUUAGUGGAUCUGCGUAUAAAUUGUCACGAGGAAAGUCGUAUCAUCAUGGAACAAUGUUGUUAAAUCUGGAUUUAGAUAGGUUGAAACAAGUCCUACAUCGAGAUGUGACACAAUUGGGGGUUGUUGAUACCAGUAAAACCAUUGAUUCGGUUAGGGCCAAAGUCACAAAUUUGCAAAUUCCACAGCAGAGCUUUAUUGAGCUAGUCUCUAGUGGGUUCAAGUUUGAGUAUGGCAUCCUGGAUGAAGCGGGGACUACUACGGUCGAGACUCCAAAUUGUAAUGAUACUCAAUCAAAUGAAGACGAUUUCGAUGAGAUUAAUGAAUUGAUGAAAUUGGGUGAUUUUGCCCAUGCUGCUAAAUUAGCUAAUGUUUUCCAAAUUAAUGAUUCUAUUGCAUUACCAAAAGAAGUGAUUUCGAUCGCCAAUGAAUUGAAAUCAUGGGAAUGGAAGUAUGGCCGUACUCCCUUGUUUACGCAUACAUUUGAGAGUGAAUCAUUAAACAUUUGUGUCAAAUUUACAGUUGACAAAGGUGUGAUUGAAACCGUUGAGUUUGUGAGGGAUGGUGACUCACAGGAUAACAUUGAGUUAUUGCAUGAAAUGAGUGAAAAAUUGCACGGUGUUCAGUAUAGGGGUGACACGAUUGAGAAAGCUUUACGUGGGGAUGAGUUUAGUCGUAAAUUGGGCAGUUGGCUACACAGCUCCAUCGAUGGGGUAUAA